AUGACUCAAAUUGGCUGGUAUGGACUUGGGUCCAUGGGUCUCGCCAUGGCGAGCAAUUUGCAGAGACAUCUCGUCGCUAAGAAGUCCCUAAACCUGCUCUACACCAACCGCACAAUGUCGCGCGGUACGCCCUUACAGGCUCUGGGCGCUACUGCCGAACCAAGCUUUGAGAAGCUGGUAUCGCGCUCCGGAGUCAUUUUCACCAUGGUCGCAAACGACUCGGUUCUACAGAGUCUCAUCUCUUCUGCUACUCAAUCUGGAGAUUCACUCAAAGAUAAGAUCUUUGUUGACUGCUCGACUGUUCACCCUGAUAUGGUGAAAUCUGCUGUUGCGCAACUAAAAGGAUCUGGCGCCUCGUUCGUUUCCGCGCCGGUUUUCGGAGGGAAUCCAAUUGCCGUUGAUGGGAAGCUGGUAUUUGCUAUUGGAGGUCCGAAGAGCGCAACUGAUGUUGUAAAACCGCUCAUUCAGGAUGUGAUGGGUCGUAAGGUUAUUGAGUGUGGUGAUGAUGCUACUAAGUCUUCGUUGUUGAAGAUUGCUGGUAAUAUCGUGACUGUUAAUAUGAUGGAGGCUGUUGGUGAAGCCCAGGUUUUUGCUGAGAAGACUGGACUUGGUACAGGCCCCAUGGAGGAGUUGAUUGGUGAGGCCUUUGGUCCUGUGGCUGGAGGUUACUCGAAGAGGUUGACUACUGGAGCCUAUGCACCACCUCUGGACUCUCGCCCUGGAUUUGGAGUGUCCUUGGCUAUCAAGGAUGCGAACCACGCUAUUUCAAUGGCGCAGGCACAAGGUGUUCAGCUUCCUGGUCUUGAGCUGGCUCGCACCAACAUGGAAGCUGCUAGAAAUUAUGGUGGUGAAUGUCUCGACAGCAGCUCUAUGUAUGGAGUACUGCGUCAAAAGGCUGGACUUGAAUUCUGGAAUGAGAAGAGCCGAAAGCAAUAG